CCGGGAGAUAAGCGGCGAUUAGUCUCGAACCGUUAUCAAUCGCGCAAUAAGAUCGCUCUGAUUGGCUGGGGCGUUAUCUGGAUUUAUCUGCCCCUGCUGACACUUUUCCCCGGCCUGUUUAUUUUCACAUCUUGUUCACGAACCACCAUCAUCUACGUGAAAUUUUGCCUCUCUGCUGGGCCAGUCUUCUUGCUCACUAUUCCCUGCUUUCUUCUCCCUCCGGUCGCCCAAUAGGAUCGUCCUGCACAGCCAGGACAACCGGAAACAGCCCCCAAAAGUAACCCAAUAAUGUCGCCAGUUGUUCUAGAACCGCCCGCUCUGAACAUGCAUAAUUCGCCUAUUACAUCGACAAUGUCUCGUACGUGUCGCCCUUGACGUGUCCGAUGGACGGCAUCAGUCGUAUUGAUGCUCAUCACUAUUAGAUCUUGAAUCAACAGCUUCUAACUUACCUUCGGAUCUAUACGACGCCAUGAAGCGGUCAGGACCUUCGGAGGAGUAUAAUUUCCCCAACGGAACGGGCCAAACACCGCGACUGACGUGCGUGAACUGUGGAACGUCGGAUACCCCGCUCUGGAGAAGGGAUGCAGACGGUAACUCUGUCUGCAACGCUUGUGGUCUUUAUCAAAAGUCUCGGCAUAUGCCUCGUCCAUCGUCACUCGCUCGAACACCACCACCUCAUCCUCCGCCGCCAUCCUUCACUUCUGCUCCCACCAACGGAACUAAUGGUUUAGGGUCAAAACAAAUGUCUACCUCACCGACUCUAUCCUCGUCCCAAAAUCAGCGCAAGCCCUCAUCUCCCACGGAACACGCUGCCACCAACCCAUCGCCAACUGCGCCAACAGCUUCGCAUCAUGUUGGAGGAACAUGUCCCGGAGAUGGAAGAUGUGACGGCACAGGUGGGAGCUCAGCCUGCUCAGGCUGUCCCACUUAUAACAAUGCUGUAUCAGUUUCAUCCCGGAUGAUGGAGAUGGAAAAGAAACCUAGCAGCAGCAACGAUCCCGCUGGCAGCGCAAAGGGCGCCGUCGUCGAGUCACCAUCCCAGCCAACCAACACCGCUAAUUCACCUUCUGUAGGCGGUGCUGGUGAUGAUGCGGCACCGAGUUCACCGGGCCAAGGAGAUGGUGCUGGGAGUCCGGAUCCGAGUGGUGGACCUGGCGGGAGCGGGAACCCUUCGAGGAAGAUGCCAAGAGGUGCCGUAGGAGCGUUGAGUUGCGCAAACUGUGGGACAAGCACGACGCCCUUGUGGAGACGGGACGAUGUCGGCAAUAAUAUUUGUAAUGCGUGCGGCCUCUACUUUAAGCUUCACGGGACUCAUCGUCCCAACUCGAUGAAGAAAAGUGUUAUCAAGCGUCGAAAACGUGUACCCGCUGCUGGUCCUGUUGGUCCCCCGCCGUUAGGUCGAAUGUCUGAUCAGGCCGCAGCCGAGGCCUUGGUUUCUGUAGGCCGAUUCGGUGGUGUGGGAGUGGGUGACGAGAGUGAUGGGGAAGGUGCCGAUCAACCGAAAAGGAAGAAGGCCCGGAAAAGCAAAGGUGAUAAAAGGUCGGGCGAUGAUGAUGUUAACAUGGAUUCUGGUACAGGAGGUGAGGAGGACGGAGGCUCACGGAAACGCUGGACUGGGGAGGGCUCUCAUAGGCCGCCAUCGAUUGGUCCUUACCCCCACAUGCAACGCUCGUCACCGUUUAUUGCCGGUCAUGGAGGUUUCGAACUUCCUCCGUUAAAUGCGAUUGGCGGUGGUGUUCCGUCUGGUCCCGGCAUGCCUUCAGGUUACAUGAGGUCGGGAUCAAAUGCUCCAAGCAGAACACAUUCGCCUAUGGGACACGCAACAGCAGCACCUCCGCAGGGUGGUUAUAUCCUUCCUCCGCCCCAUGGAAUGUCGCCAUUCUAUACUGGCCCUUUAGCAACUCACUCCGGACAUGAACCGCCGAUGAGUAUGAUGGGAGGCGGUGGUAUACCGACCUUGGCGGAUUUGGAGAGGCAUUAUAUGGAACUGCAUGAGCACAAACGGCGAACGGAGGAGAUACUGGAUCGCACAGAUAGGUUGAUGGGAGAUGUCAAAAGGGGGAUGGAUGAGUUAAGGAACGCGACUGCUUCUAGUAGCGGCGCGCCAAGCGGCUCACAGUCUACGAGUCAACAACAACCACAAACGUCACUGCCUGCACCAGUGGGCGGUCCCUCCACUAGUGCCAUUCCUCUGCCGCGACCUUCUGAUAAAGACCGGAGUCGGGGGGAAAAUGUCUGGCCGACAUCUAUCAAUUCUGAACCGAGGGAUUGAUUGGGUCGCAAUAUCUCUGGCUUUUGAAUUCUACUCCACUCUAUUUUUUGUCGCAUCUCUUGGCUAUUACAUAUAUCGCACCCUUUCUUUAAUUUCUUAUCCACCUUCCAAUUUAUAUCGGGCGGAGGGUUGUUUAUAUUCCAAAGGGACGUUGACUAUUAGUUGCAUGUAUUUAUGAGCGCCCCUUCAUUAACAUCUUUCCGUUGUAUCUACUUCGUCGUUGAACUCGUUU